AGCAAGCUGCUCGCUCGAAGGUUCCUGCUCGUUCGCUGCGGUUUCUGUCACUUGGCCAGGUUUUGGCUCCGACUCGCGAACUCGAACCAGCGUGUUCACUCCUUCGGUAAAGCACAGGCCCAACCAGAGCAUCCGUCGUCAUGGACUACCAAUCUGGAUACGACUCUGCAUAUCAGUCCAGCAUGGAGAGGAUUCUACUUCGUCGUCAUUCUACUGCAAAAUGAUCAGCCUUUUCUGCGUCGCAUUUGUGUUCAGCUGCGGCGUAAUCGUCAUCACCGUGGUGACAACAAGUGGGAGUGGGGACGACGAUGUGCUCGAUGAAGCGCCGGAUCUAGGAAGCGGUGGCGGUGGCGGUGGUGGUCAAGGACCGGGACCUGUCGGGCCAAAUAAUCCCCCCGUUAUAUCCAGCGGAAGAGAUACAACCAACAGUGGCCAGCCUACCAGUGCGGGCCCGGCUGCAUCUCCGAGGUCGCAAGCCACUCCUACGAGAGCAACUACCGCACCACCUGCGAACACAAACGGUGGGAGUGGCGACAACGACCAAGGAAGCGGUGGCGGUGGCGGUGGUGGUCAAGGACCGGGACCUGUCGGGCCAAAUAAUCCCCCCGUUAUAUCCAGCGGAACAGAUACAACCAGCAGUGGCCAGCCUACCAGUGUGGGCCCGGCUGCAUCUCCGAGGUCGCAAGCCACUCCUACGAGAACAACUACCGCACCACCUGCGAGCACAAGCGCGCCUAAACCUGAAGUGGCAACACCCAUGGCAGCAUAUAGCUACGUAUGCACCAUCAGCGAUGCGGUGAGAACAAACACGGUGUACCUACCUACAGACAACGCGUGCGACUACCUGUUCUACGACUCUCUCUACAAGGACAACAAGAACCCCCUCAUCGAUGGCGUCGACAAGUGGGACGCGGGAGCCCAGCAGUUCGUCGCGCAGGCGUCCGUGUACCAAAACACAAAGUUGGGCUUUUCGUUUGCGCCCGAGCCUGCCAUUUUGCAAAAAGACUUUAAGGACCCAACAUUUUUCAAAAUCAUCGACGACAUUUGGAGACACAAUAUAUCCCACUUCGGAUUCCUGGAUCUCAACAGGCAGUACACAACUGAUCCAGUGGUCUUUGAGGCGCUCAGUGUGCUCAAGGCGGUGUAUCUUCAUCUGAAACCGAAGACUUCACCCGAAAGGCCAUCUUACUACGUCUUAGGCUUGUCUCUGGAUCCUCCAGCCGACUACCGCGUUGUGAACUUGAUGAAGACAGUCUUCGCACCUUCAAUGUUCAUCUCCAUCGCGCACCUUUCCUACUCGGUCAGCAGUUUGCCAAACUGCCAUAUAUUUCCUGUUGCUAUGGAUGCCCGUCCACCAGGCUUCGUGCGAUCGACAGGCUACAGUUACGGACACACCGUGUACGACAGUUUGAAUGUACUUCGGAAAGUGGCCAAGCUUGGCCUCUCUAUUCCCCUUGCGAUGUCGUUUGGCAUGAAAGGACUGUUCUAUGCCCCCAAGUUUCCCAACCCAGGCGCACCGAAAAUCAUGGACUUCCAGCUAUUCAAACCUUGCAACGAUUUUCAGACGGCCAAGUAUGAAGACCCCAAAAAGGUCUGUGCUGAGGAUGGCUGGACUGUGUCGCCGCCUGUACCGGCCCAUGCCUACAACAUCAAACAAAGAAAGGCAUUCACCUACCUAACUGAGCUCAGGAUAGCCAGUCUGGCAUGUAACGGCAAGGAGUUCAGCCUCAAUCUAGACUACGCCCUUGCCGCAUACGACGUGGACUACGACGCAGAACUAUCGUGCGCCCCGUUCGGUUUCUUAUCACGAGAUCAACGCUUUAGUCGGGUGACUGUUAUGCGCAAGGUAUCGAAUUUCUUUCGAGCGAAGCACAGCAAACUGAAGCGGUACUUUGGAUGCGCAGCACAGGCACGCCCGGUCAAAAAGUCUGGUUAAUCUGGAGCAUUGGCCGCCGUGCCGCUUUUAUAAAGACAUCGGAAUACCUUGGA